ACUGGGGAUGUCUGAGGCACAUUCAGCUCUUGAGCCCACCAGGAAAGAAAGAGAGCUCCAUCUGCCCUCCAGGAACAGCCAUGAAGUUCUUCUCAAUUGCCUCCUUGGGGCUGCUCCUAGUGGUGGCUACUGCCUUCCCCGCCUCAGAACUUCAGAGAGAAGAUGGAGAGAAUAGUGUUACUCGAAAUAAACCAACACGUGCCUCUUCUGGAAAAACCGCAGGACAGAUUUCCUACCUCAUCAAGGAAGUCUUCGAAAUGAGAAAAGAGCUGUGCAAGAAUGAUGAGACCUGUAUCAAGAGCCAUGUGGCAGUGUCCGAAAACAAUCUGAACCUUCCAAAGAUGACUGAAAAAGAUGGAUGCUUCCAAACUGGAUACAAUCGGGACAACUGCCUUGUGCGAAUCACCUCUGGGCUUCUGGAGUUUCAGGUCUACCUGAGGUACAUCCGGAACAAGUUUCAGGAAGGCAAUAACAGGGACAGAGCUGAACAUGUGCAGUUCAGUUCCAAAGCCCUGAUUGAGAUCCUGAAACAAGAGGUGAAGGAUCCCAAUAAAAUAGUCUUCCCUAGCCCAACUGCAAAUAUCAACCUAUUGGCAAAACUGGAGUCACAGAAUGAUUGGCAGAAGGUCAUGACCAUGCAACUCAUCUUGAGCAACUUUGAGGAUUUCCUGCAGUUCACCCUGAGAGCUGUUCGGAAAGCAUAGUGGGCAUCUAAGCUUAUUGGUUCAUGGGCAUUGCUUCCUAUGGUCAGAAAACAUGUCCUGUCCACUGGGUACCUACCUUAUCUUGUUCUCUACGAAGAACUGACAGUAUGAGCGUUAGGACACUAUUUUAAUCUUAAUUUAUUGAUAAUUUAAAUAUGAGAUUUGAGUUAAUUUAUAUAUGAUUUAUAUUUAUAAUUUUAUGAAGUGUCACUUGAAAUAUUUUAUAUAAUGGUUUUGAAAUGAUAUAAAAGUCUAGGCAGUUUGAAUAUCCUGCUUCAGAGCCAGAUCAUUUCUUGGAAUGUAUAAGUUUACCUCAAUAAAAUUGCUAAUUUAUACAUUUUUAAAGAAAUAUUCAUGUUGUGUUUUUAUGUUUAGACUUUUUAUAUCAAAAAUCACAUUCUUUAAAAAUCAGCAUUUAAGCCUAUAUGUCAUGAAGCUAAAUAAAAGUCCAAAUGACUGCAAAAUGGUAAACAAUGAAAGAGCAGCCAGGUGUGUAAUGCCAGCAGUGUGGGAGGCUG